AUGGAAAUUUUUCUUGAUAGUGCCGAUUUAAAUGAAAUUAAAGAAUUAAAAGAAUUAAUUGAUGGUAUCACAACUAAUCCCUCAUUAAUUGCAAAAUCUGGCCAUAAAAAUAAAUACAAGGAUUUAAUAAGUGAGAUAUGUUCAAUUAUAGAUGGACCUGUUAGUGUUGAAGUUGUUGCUGAUAGUCAUGAAGAAAUGAUGAAAGAAGGACUAGAUUUGGCAAAAAUUGCUGAAAAUAUCGUCGUGAAACUACCCCUUACAUAUAAUGGAUUAAUUUCUUGUAAAAAGUUAUCGACAGAGUAUAAUAUAAAUGUUAAUAUAACUUUAUGUUUUUCUCCUGGACAAGCACUACUUGCUGCUAA